AUUUAUUAUCCUUUAAAGGGGCCGCGACCUGAAAAUUUCCGUCCGCUCCGCCCGGCUCCCCAGCGCCCCCGGGCUGGUUGCGCGUCGUCCGACCGCGCGCGGGGGGCGAGGGGCGUCCGGGGAAACGUGGGGGGCCCUGGCGAGCCCCUCCCGCGCCCGGCCGCGGCGCUGAAUCACCGGCCAGGUUUUUGCGAAUGUGUGAAUGAGCCAGAUGCCGGCCGCUGUCCCCUGGAGCCCAGCGUGAGGAAGAGGCAUGCCCUGUCAGCCUUCAGCCUGAGCCCGGCGGCCCCCGCCCCCGCCCCCUGCCACCCUGCACUGCCCCGGCUCCCCCGCGGCCCCCACGCUGCAGUGUGGCCGGGCCCCGUCCCCACAGGGGCUGCCCCCGCCGCCCACCCCUAGCGCCCGCGGUGGUGGCGGUGGCCCGGCCCGCAGGGCCAUGAAGCUACAGGCCGUGAUGGAGACGCUCUUACAGCGGCAGCAGCGGGCGCGCCAGGAGCUGGAGGCCCGGCAGCAGCUGCCCCCCGAGCCCCCCGCUGCGCCCCCUGGCCGGGCCCGGGCCACCGCCGAUGAGGACAGAGAGCCCGAGAGUGCCCGCAUGCAGCGGGCUCAGAUGGCCGCCCUGGCCGCCAUGCGGGCCGCGGCUGCGGGCCUGGGACACCCAGCCAGCCCCGGUGACUCCGAGGACGGGCCCCCAGGCUCGGAGGAGGAGGACGCAGCCCGGGAGGGGACGCUGGGCUCACCAGUCGUGCCUGGCGGAGGCCGAGAAGGGCCGGGAGAGGAGCACCUUGAGGAUAUGGCCUCCGAUGAGGACAUGAAGCCCAAAUGGGAGGAGGAGGAGAUGGAGGAAGACCUCGGGGAGGAUGAGGAGGAGGAGGAUUAUGAGGAGGAGGAGGAGGAGGAGGACGAGGAGGGGCUGGGGCCCCCAGGCCCCGCCAGCCUGAGCACUUCGGCCCUGUUCCCCCACAAGGCCCAGCCGCCCCAGGCCUUCCGCGGCAGCGACGGCGUUCCCAGGGCACUGGGGACCCAGGAGCGGCCCGGGCCUGGCCCUGCCCACUCUGGAGGGGCCGCCUGUGUAGCCCCACAGCUGCAGCCACCGGACCACGGGGACUGGACGUACGAGGAACAGUUUAAGCAGCUCUAUGAACUUGAUGGGGACCCCAAGAGGAAGGAAUUCCUGGAUGACUUGUUCAGCUUCAUGCAGAAGCGAGGAACCCCCGUGAACCGCAUCCCCAUCAUGGCCAAACAGGUCCUUGACCUGUUCAUGCUGUACGUGCUGGUGACGGAGAAGGGCGGCCUCGUGGAGGUCAUCAACAAGAAGCUGUGGCGGGAGAUCACCAAGGGCCUCAACCUGCCCACGUCCAUCACCAGCGCGGCCUUCACCCUGCGGACCCAAUACAUGAAGUACCUGUACCCUUAUGAGUGUGAGAAGCGAGGCCUCAGUAACCCCAACGAGCUCCAGGCAGCCAUAGACAGCAACCGUCGGGAGGGCCGGCGCCAGAGCUUUGGGGGCUCCCUCUUUGCCUACUCGCCGGGCGGGGCGCACAGCAUGCUCUCCUCGCCCAAGCUGCCCGUGUCCUCCCUGGGCCUGGCCACAAACACCAACGGCAGCUCCAUCACCUCCGCCCCCAAGAUCAAGAAAGGUAAGGACCUGCAUGGGGCCUGGCUGCCCGACCUUGGGGGACCCCUCUUCCGUCUCCGGGUAACCAGGAUGAGAAACCCUGUAGUUGGCGUGGAAAACGGCUUCCGAUUUGAAGAGCGCUUCCCACCUACCAGCCCUCUGCCCGUGGCAGACAUGACCAGUCUAUCACUGUGUGAUUCCACACAGGUGGCAGGCAGACAUUGCUAAUCAAUCCAUGUUUCCAGUCCUGUGGCCAACGCAGGCAUUAUUAAUUGAUCCCUGUUUGUCUCAUCCACGCCGAGGGAGGCAUCACCAGUUGAUCAGUUUUCCUCCCUCUGAGCCUCUGAAUCCUCCAUAACGCAGAGGUGCCAACAGCAUGUGCCGCAGCGUGGCCGCCGUUUGCCCGUCUGGGCUCCCG